UGUUUGAAUUUUGGUUAGAUUGGUAAUUUGACAAAAGGAAGGAGAUACAUUGUUUUCCUAGAAUCGGUAUUUCAGAUUAAAUUAAAUCGUAUUUUCCCCACAGUGAUAGCCAUUAAACUAUACGAAAGAAAAUGACACCCAUCAUAAAUUUUUCUUUGGGAAAACUUUAAUCCGUGCUGUGUCGCAGUAAAAUAACUCUUGAAGGUUGUCAGAUCAGUCAUACAUUUUGACAUCUGUAGGCAUUAUAAAUAAUGUUAUCAAUUAGAUAAAUUGCGUUAAUUAUUACUUUUGUAAGCUUGUCGAAUAUAUUGUACUAUAUGAAAAGAUUCAGAGAGUAUCAAAGUUCUGGUGCCAGUUUUUUUAAUAUGUUCAUGUAAUGUGAAGAGAAAAAAUCAAAAAUGUACAAAAAUGCUGUAGUGGUCGUUUCUUAUAUUCUCUUGUAUCUCUCGUAUAUCUGUGAGGGUGAAAUUUAUGCAAUCAAAUUUGACUCUCAAUUCUACUUCCAACAGUUCGAGGACGUACCAGCAACUUUUGGUCCUAGGCUUUCUGAUGGAGUUGUGAGAGGUAUAUUAGAAAUAGCUGACCCCGAGCAUGGCUGCACCCCAGUCAAACCUGUACCACCUUCUAUACCUCCGGAGAAUGAAACUGGGAAAUGGAUCUUGAUAGUCCCGAGGUACACCCAAGAAAAAAAUUGUUCGUUUGAACAAAAAGUGCGUAUGGCCCAGGCUGCCGGAUAUAAGGCUCUCAUCGUUCACAAUGUAAACUCUGAGCAGCUUAUUCCGAUGUACGCGGAAAAUAAAACUGACAUCGACAUUCCGUCAGUUUUCGUGAGCCAAGAAAGUGGCGAGACUCUGAAACAAUACUAUGCCAAUCCAGAAUAUUUUCUUGUCAUCACAGCUGAAUCGCCCUUUAAUAUUAAAACCCACCUUCUUAUUCCCUUUGCCAUAGUUGUUGCUGUUUGUUUCAUUGUUAUGAUUAUUUUUAUGAUAGUUAAAUGUAUAAAAGAUCGCAGAAGGCAAAGAAGACAUAGAUUACCUACAUCCUCCUUGAAUAAAAUUCCAACCAAGAAAUAUCAGAAGGGCGACCCUUAUGAGACAUGUGCUAUAUGCUUAGAUGAUUUUAUCGAAGGGGAAAAAUUGAGAGUACUUCCUUGCAAUCAUGUGUACCAUACAAAAUGCAUUGAUCCCUGGCUAACAAAGAAUCGAAGGGUUUGUCCCAUUUGUAAACGCAAAGUGUUUGCUGAAAAUGAAUCUCAACACUACAGUGACAGCGAGUCUGAGACAGAUGAUACAGCACCAUUGAUAAACUCAUCCAAUAGAGGAACACAGGGUGGAACAUUUACUCAUCAAACUGAAAAUCCAAUACUAAGGGCCCAACGUUCAGUAUCUCAAUUAAGUACUACUGCUCAUGCUCUGGUAAUGGCAUCCGAUCAUCACAGCAUCAACGGGGAUUUACAUAGUAGCAGCAGUGAUGAUUCUUCUGACCCUAGAGACUAUUCAGAUUCUUUCCUAGAUUCAUUAGAGGUGCAAAUACAUAAUAAUGUUGCUUCAUCAUCAAGUGGUAAUCGUAAUCAAAAUCGUAAUGUAUAAACGAGUGAUUUCUUUGUUCUAACUUCUGGGUAUGAUUUCAGAUCGGGAGAUAUAUUUCUAACUAAAAUUAUAAUUGUUCCAAAAUUUUUCUUUAUCAAGAAAGCUUUGGUGUGAAUGACGUUAUGAGAACAUGUUUUUUUUUUCAAUUUUAAGGGAAGAAAGAAAACACUGAGACCUAAUCAACAAUUUGGUCAACUUUUGUUAAUUGUUUAGAGGCUUUUAUUAUUUUGUUUUGUUUUGAGAAUAAAACAUGAAAAUUUACGACUUCAGACAUGAAAUUAAUGGAAAAAUCCUAGUGCACUUAACAUUCUAGAGUUUAUUAUCAGAACACCCAGUUUCAGUGGAAGUAAUUAAGAUUAAUAGUGUGAAGAAUUUUUUGUUGGAGUAUAUCAAGUACUGAAACCGAUAUGAUACAACAUGUUUCCAGGUGUUGCCCAUAGUGUUUCUUGAAGAAUUUUGGUGAAUCUACAUAAGAAUGAAUUUAACAUAUUUGACAUUUUAUCUCUGUCGAAUUUUUUCUUUUCCUGGACUGAGCUAUGUUUUAGAGAAAUGGAGGUUAGGAAUUUAGUGUUAAUGAAUAUCAGCUGGGAUAACUUAGAGCUUCGAUUUGAAAUAAAAGAACUCUCAAUGUGUCUCCAAGGGUCAUUAUAAAAUAAGAAAUUUCGUCUCAUUAUUUACUUCACUAAACUUCUGACAUUUGUUUUCCAAGUCUUCAGUUUGAAUCUUUAGUACUGCUUAUCUAGUCAUAAAAAUGAAACGAAUAUAUUCAUGUGUCCAUCACCAAUUGAAAAAGGAGUCUGGGUAGAGGGGCGGGCUUCAUAUUUACCAUCCUCUGAUUAAAAGAAUUCUAUAUGGAAAUCACACCUAUUGAUUGGUGCUUAUGUUACGUUGUAGGUUAAGAAAUAUUUACGUUAUUUUGAGAAUACUCUAUAUUGCCAAAUAUUGUUUUAGUGUAAACAUUUUUGCAGGUCACUCAGUGACUAUCGAAAUUUCAUUUUAUUCUCCUCGGUCAGUUCUUCUCAGCUAAGUGCAGGGGAAAUGUUGGAGUGGUACGAAAUGCUUUGAGAAUAAUAAUAGCGUUCUAAAGCUAAUUUGAUUGAUGCACCUCGAAAUAAACAGAAGUUACGACUGUUUUCUUCGUGGGGAAUAUUGAGAAAUUUCGAGAUAUCUUGAAUAAAAUAAGUUUACUGUUACAUUAAUUUUAAGCUGUUUAACAUAAAGUGAAUGUAAUUCAUGAUGUGAUAAAAUUUAAAUAUAUGACUUUGUAAAA